UUAUUCCAAUGGACGUCGGAAAUCAUGCAGACGGACAGAUAUCUUGAAAAUAAUAACAAAAUUUAACUCUGAGAUGACGGACCUCGAUGAUUUUGGUCCGAUGGAGACGGCAGAAAAUAACAUCGAAGUUGUAGACAGGGACAAUGAAGAGAUCUUGGGCUUGAGGUUAAGAUUGGAAAGACUUGAGAAAGCUCAGCAGGAUUUACUGAGAGAAAAGGAAGAAACCGAUGAGGACUUCGGAAAGAAAAGAGCUAAAUUCAAAGAAAUAUUUAUUCAGAAAGAAGCGGAGCUGAGGAAGGAGAAAGAGCUACACUCCGAAGCCAGGGAGAAAGUGAAGACCCUGAGCGAGCAGUUGUCUCUGGUGAAGGAUGAGUUGGAGGGGGUGAAGACAGCGGCCGCAGUGUCAGAGGCGGGCAAAGAGGAUGAGGUGGAUGAGAUCAGACGGCAGUUCCAGGGCGAGGUGGCCAGCCUCCAGCAUAUUAUGAAAGAUGCUGCGGAGGAAGCAGCCAGAACCGCUAGCGAUGAGAUGAAAGAGCAGAACCUCACUUUACUCACAGAAAACAGGAGACUUGAACAGGAAAUACAGAGUCUGCAGAGUCAGCUUAGCCAGGAGAGGGAAGGUUUUCUAGCCUCAGUAGCCAAGACACUGCAGAAGAAGGUGGGAGUACCAGGUUUUGGGAAGCCUUCAUCAGAAGACGAGAGCCUAGAGGACAGCAUGAGAAAGGCACAAGAGGAUGCUGAGGUGCUGCGAUCCGUGGUGAUGCCCCUGGAGGAGGAGAUCAACACCCUCAAGUCUAAACUGAGGGCUGCCGAGAUGCAGCUGGGGAUAUCAGAGGGCACCAUGCAGGUGCGCACGAUGCCUGACGGGGCCCCUACCCUGCCCUCAAGCCACACCCCGAAAUCUCCAUCACUACCAGACCUGGACAGCUGUAAGGACCCAGAAGAAAGGGUAAAGGAACUGAUGCACUACUUGAAGGCGGAGAAGGCAGCUAGGACAGACUUGGAGAUGUACGUGGCCGUCCUCAAUACCCAGAAGUCUGUGUUACAGGAGGACUCAGAGAAAUUACGCGCAGAACUACACGAGGUAUGCAGAUUACUGGAGCAGGAGAAAAAAGAACACAGUGAAUUGAAGUGUACCUGGCAGAUGGCCAACGAUCAGUUCUUAGAAUCACAAAGACUGAUGAUGAUGGACAUGCGCAGGAUGGAAAGUGUGCUGUCUACAGAACAGCAGAGACAAAUAGCAGAACUGCAAAAACGUGAUCUGGAGAGGGAGGCUCAGGAGAAGAAAGUGAAGGAUUUAGAAGAGAUGAGAGAGAAACAGAGGAAACAAAAAGAGGAGGAAAGACAGGCAGAGAUGAAAGCCAAGAAAGCAGCAGAAGCAGAAGACAAGAUGUCAAAGCCCAGCAGUUUGAUUGGAGGUGCUUUAGAGAAAACAAAGAGCGAAUCCAAGGCCUCCAUAAACUCCACAAUGUUUGACGAUGUGCCUGACAUAGGGUUCAGCACGCCGGAGCUGGGGUCUGCCAUGAGGAAGUCACAUUCUAACAGUGCCCUGGAGGAUGGCUUCCUGGACAGCGGUAUCCAUGAAACGCGGUCUUUACAGGAUGCUGAUGGUCAGAUUAGCCCAGGGGAGUCAGGCGCUUCCCCGGCACUGACAGAGGCUCAACUCAGGGCUAUCAGAGAUCCAACACCAGAGCUGGAGGCUCGCCAGUCACUGCUGGCCAGUGUCAAGUCAAGAACAGAGGCCAUGUCUAUGGAGGGUCGCCGCAUAGUCAGCGAGAAGGAAUGGGAGCUGCUACAAAGGGAGCUGAAGGCAUCAAGAGAAAAGCUGGGGCGACCCUGUGAUAUGUGCAGCAACUACGAAGCUCAGCUACAGAGCGUCCAGGAGGAGCUCAAGGACAGCACAACCAAAGCGCAGACGCUGGAUCGUCAGCUUAAGUCUGAGCGCCAUGCCUCCACCAAUCAGCUGAAGUAUCAGGAGGAACUAGAGACAAAUCUCAAACAAGUUGCUGAGGAUGCCAGUCAGCAGAUAUCCAGUUUGGUAACCAAAGUAACAGAGUCAGAGAAAUACCUGUCUGAAGUGAAGCAGCAGUUUAUCCAGUCUCAGUCUGAGCUGCAAGAUCAGUUGAAAAGUUUAACUGCAGGGAGAGAAGAAAUUCAAAAAGAGUUGGUGAAGUUACAGAAUGAGAACGACUCUCUGGUUGGGAAACAUUCUAAACAUGCCCAGCAGUUACAGAAUGAGACUAUUAAUUUACCCAACAAUUUAGAUGAGAUGCAGUUAAAGCUGCUUCAGUUCAGGGAGGAAAUCAUCGCAGCCAAAGUUGCCAAGGAGCACAUGGAGGAGACGUUAAAGAGUGAGAUACUCUUCCUGAAGGACCAGGUGGUUGCUGAGCAACAAGAAAAAACAACCCUGGAGGAGACUCUCAGUCAGGAGAUCAACACCUUGACAGAACAGCUAGCUGUAUUACAAAGUGUGAGGUCCGAACUUGAGCGAGAAAGGAGCUGUCGGCAUGAAUCUGACCAGAAGCUGAAGGAGACAGAACAUUCUUUGAAAAGUAUCCAGGCCAAGUCAAAACAGCUGAUACAGGCCCUACAGCAGCAGGUGGAGGAGCAGUCCACAGCCAGGACAAAACUUGAGCAGGAAGCUCUCUCUCACAGAGCCAAACUCCAGUCUCUUCAGAUGGAUUUAGACAACAGUGAAGCAGUACAGAGAGAUUUUGUCAAAUUAUCACAGUCUCUACAGAUACAGCUGGAGAAGAUUCGUCAAGCAGAGAAUGAGGUACGAUGGCAGCACGAGGAUGAUGUAGAGGAGUGCAAUAACUGUAAACAGAGCUUCAGUGUCACGCGGAGAAAGGUGAGGGCCAAGCACCACUGUCGUCACUGUGGGAAAAUAUUUUGUGCUGACUGCACCUCAAAGUCUGUGAACAGUGGACCGAACUUUCGAGCGUCAAAAGUGUGUGAUGUGUGCCACACCAUUCUUAUCAAGGACGCCACGCCUUACUUCAGUACCGAGGUGCCCACAACCCCUGACUGAGCCCCACCCUCACCCCUGGCGAGGCAUAACCACUGACGUCACAAGUCAGUGCUCAGACAAACCUAGGGUCUCCCCUAGCCUGUGAUUCUGAGCGGAUCCAUGUGCGUCUACCAUUUAUUGCAAUAUUAAAGACCUUUAUACUGUUUGUGAACCUGUGCUGUGGACAACUCCAGUAGCUUGUAACUGGGUGUAGAAUGGUCAGAAAGUUGAGAUCCUGAACAGAAAAACAUCUGCAGUCUGAAAGGCUGAGCAACUGGAUAUUCUGUCGCCGACCUGCUGCCAGGUGAUCGCCAAAGUUUUAGCCUAUGUGGUUGUAGGGUUGUUGGCUGCUUUGUUGUUCGUCUGAAAGGUCGCCAGCGACUUCAGUUGUUCGUCUGCAGGGAUAUUUAGAUCUGGGAUCUUUCGCUCAUUACCUGUUGUUGCCAACAUAUUUGUCAUGUGAGUGUUGUCUAAAUUGCUGUCCCCCUGCCCAAUUAACCAAAAAAUUAAUUUAGACUCAAGACUUGUCCAGUAAUAAUGUUCUGCCAAUGACAGUGUGUAUACUGUUGAGUGACUCCUGUACAGGUCAACACGUUUUGGGAUAUUUCGGGUUGGAAGCGUUAAAUUUACUCAGUUGGCAAGAGUAGUUCAUGUGCUCGAUCACAACUGCAGCAUUGAAGCUUGCGAGUAUCUAAAAGCAGUUGAUGACCCAUCAUGUUCAUUAGACCACUGGUGGAUAGAGUCUAACCUCUAUCAGAAAAUGUGAAACAGAUGGUGUGUAGGUUCUCACACUGUCUUCCUGGUCACUUGUCCUGAUAUGACUUACCUGUAACUGUUAACAGAACCUCAUUCAAACCUUUUGGCAAAUGUUUACUUCUGUAUUACUUUUGGCAUCAAAGACAGGG